UAACUGUGGUUUUAAUCAUGGAGGAGCUGAGGUCCACCUCUCCUGGGCUCCGUUUGGACCUGAACAACUUUGACUCGGCCGAUGCUGCGAGGAGUCAGUAUGUUUUAACGAGCCCCCGCUCACUGGAGUCCUGCGCACGACUCGGUAUCAAACCUGUUGAACUUCUGAUUAAGUCGCUAAACGAGUUGAUAGCUGAACAGAAUGACGUGCCCUUUGAGGUGGUGAGAGUUAUGCAUGAUUCCUACGAAAAGGAGAGAAUGAAGCUUUUACAAAUGUGCCGGGAGGAGAGGGAGAGGAUUAUCCAGGCGGCUGGGCACAGGUGGCCAGGCAGUAAUAAAGUCUCAGGCCUGGAAGGGAUGCCUGAAACCAAUUUGCUGGAUCACUCAACGGACAAACAGACAACCAGGUCCAUCCCAUAUGCAGAUCUGUGCUUUAAAGGGAAAUCUGUGAGCAGGUCCUCCUGUUCGGCUGCUGGCAACAGACACCCAGACAGGAGCACGGUGUGCAGCUUCAGCCUGGGAGACCUCAGACACUCCCCAGCCACCGAGAUGAAACUGGAGAGGCUCACCAAGGACAUCAAAAAGGAGAUGUGUGUCACAGUGUCAGAGAGAGACCGCAAGAUAGCAGCUCUCAUGCUGGUGAAGCACGAGGAGGAGCAGGCUUGCCUGAAGUUCUGUCAGCAAGAGGAACAGGAGCGGCAGGAGGCCCGCAGGCAGGAGGAGGCCCAGCGGGCUCAGGCAGAGAAAAAGAGGAGGAAGAAGCUGAAGCAGAGUAUGCAACGCUGGCAUGAGGAGCUGGAGGCCCGCAGGAUGCUGAGGGAGCGACAGGAGAAAGAGAAGGCGGGACAACUUGAGCAGGAGGUGCUGCUGCAAGAGGAUCGCUGGAGGAGGCUCAAAGAGGAGGUGGAGGCACAGCGCAGAAAAAAGACAGAGGCUGCGCAGAAAGAUGCAGAGGGGCGCAAACGCUACCAGGAGAAGCUGCUGAGAGAGAAGGAGGAGGUGGAGAAGCGGGAGCGAGAGAGGGAGAGACAGGUAGCAGUGGAGAGGGAGCAGAAGGCCGGGAGGAGCAAAGUGUUGCAGGAGAAGAAGGAGAGGAAGAAGCUGCAGGAGGAAAAUCGUAGAGAGCUGCUACGGCACAUCCUGCUGAAACAGCAGGUAGAGCAGCAGGUGGAGGAAGAGGAGGCACAGAUGAGGAGCACACACGAGAGGAAGCUGCGACUCUCCGGUGAGAAACGCGCCCAGGCCGCAGAGGCGCGGCUGAGGGAGCUGCGGGAGCGCGCGGCCCGGGAGGAGGAGCAGAUUCAGAGAGCGCGGCAGAGGGCCAAGCAGCUGAGCAUCCAGCAGCUCACGCGCAAACAGAUCCUGGUCCAGCUGAGCCAGCAGCGCACAGAGAGGGCCGCCCUGCACGCCUCGGCCCAGCACAGGACCAGAGCUCAGCAGACACAUCAGCACAACAAACACAGGCAGCUCCGCCACCAGAGGCUGAGAGAGAAGGUGCAGAGAGAGGAGGAGGCGACGAGGAAGGUCAGAGAGAGCUGCAUCUCCGUGAAGGAGUGGAGGAGGGAGAGGCUGCAGAGACAGCGAGAGCAGAUACAGGAGGAGGCGCACAGGCUGGCUCGGGCCUCCUUCUACAUGAGGGAGAGAGUGAGACAGCAGACGCACAGUCGAACCUUUGAUCAGAUGGCUCUGGAGGCUCAGCUGACUGCCUCCAUGAGCCGCAUGAAACUGUGACAGACAUGAUAAACUCUCCACAGCAGCACCGCCUCUCAUAGGCUUCAGGACAGUCCAGGCAUCAAUGGUCGCACUCAUCCAGAGCUGCUUAGAGCAGGAGCUGCAGUAAAAUCAGUGAAUUCAGAGUGUUCUGAAAACAGUAUCUAGGAAUGUAGCAAGGACAGCCACACAAGUAUGUGCAUGUGUUACAUGCAAGGGAAGACAAAACAACAACAACAACAACAAGGGAAUGUUGGGGCCCAGAGCUGCACAGGGGCCCUCAUGGAUCAUUAUCGUGAUUUUAGGGGUGUAAUGACUCACAAAGUCACUGUGUCAUUUGGUAUGAUGCCGUAGUGUAAGAGUCCCUGAGAUUGUGCCAUAUAUUUCCCAUUUUAUAAGUUUACAAUGAAAGUGUGGAGUUGAUCUUGUAGUGGCCUCCCAUCAGGACAAUAAACACUAAAGCAGUGGUUCCCAACCUGUUUGUUGUUACAACACAUGCGUGCACCAACCGGUUUGUAUUGAGUGAUCCAACAUGACACAGUGUAUUAUUACACCCGUACAAUGGUUGGAUGGAGGAUCCACUUCCAAGAAAGUUGCCGGUGAAGGGUGCAGAGAGUUAAUGUUUAAAUUGUGGUCUGUAAUCAUUGGGGUGCUUGAAGGCUGACAUCAGUGUUUUGAAUUUGAUAUGAGCAGCCAUUCGCAGCCAGUGGAGUGCAGAUAAGAGAGGAGUUAUGGGAGAAUUUAGGGAGGUUGAAGAUGAGCCAAGCUGCGGCGCUCUGGAUGAGCUGCGAGGGCACAAGAGGCCAGACGAACGGUUAAUGUUUAGCUGGCCAUUGUGUCACCAUAUCACUGUGUCUCACUAGAAGCAUUUAAAACAUUUUUUUCCUAUGUAUUAAGUAGGGCACAUUAAGCAAAACUGUGCUGAAAUUCUAAGAUUAAAGCAGAACCAUAGUUCAUGGACUCAAGUAGAAAGAAAUCUGUAAAUGUAGAAUAUGAACAUAACAGCUGUUGAAUGUGUUGAAUUUAGCCAUAAGUGGUGUGAUGAUGUAUAGCAUAUAUAUUUUCUAGUGUAUUAUUUCUUAGAUUUUAUAACUUUGUAGUAUUUGAAUGUUUUAUUACAUCUUAAUUAAUAAAUCAUAUUUUAAAGUGUAAAAUGCCUUCAUUUUGACAUCUUGUUUCUAUGUCUGUAUUUAACACUGGCUUGGUUCUACUUAGCACACCAAUGUCCAGUUGAUAAAAGGCAGGUGCAACACGACACAUUGGCCAUUAAAAAUGAAUUAGCAUCAGAUAGUUUACCUCUGCAUCAAAAAAAAACAUGUUUGGGGAAAACUAAAAAGAGCAAGGCAUUAAGCAGUCGAGUAAGCCAUCAUGACAUGAGCAGAUGUUUUUAUUUCAUGUAAAUUUCUUCAUAUGCUAAAACAAGGAACUGAUAGAGAAACAGCAGGAGUCAUUAAAAUUAGAUAACCCUGAUUCUAAAAGUCACAGGCGUAAAGUCAGAGAAACAUCUGUGAUUAGAAGUACCCACUUGAUAACCCCAGUUAUGUACAGUACCUACUGUCAGCCACCUGUUUCUGUCUGACUCACAUAUCAUGUUGCUCGACUUCCUACAUAUGUGUUGCUGAUGUUCCACCUCACAUCCAAGAGGCUUUGUCAGUUGUACUGAUAAAAGCUAUGAAAGAAAUUAUACAAUUGCACAAAAAAUGUCACAUCCUGUGUCCUCUAAUAAGUAAUGCUGCACAUUAAUAGACUGAAAGUCUGGACCUGUUUUCAAGCUCCUGACUACAAACAAACUAAGAUGAAAUGAUUUAAAAAUGUGCGACCUAGAUCUCUUAUUGUUUGGGUGACAGACAGUAUCAGAUUAUUUGGUUGUUCCUGUAAAUCUCUCCAGUUACUGGGAUUUCCCCACUGAGCAUGCCAUGAAAGGGCCUGGAGAAGGUUCAAAUAACACCCUUUUUGUCAGUCUUGGAAUGGAAACUCACAACAAAAUAUUAGUUUUCAGCUUCUUCAAACCCACUGGAGAGCUCUUGAUACACAAACAAUAGCUGGACUCAAAGGCAAGUUUCACUGAGAGCAGAACACACCAAAGUAAACUCUCU